AUGUCGAGCGGAAGAAAAAGCCGAGGUCGCCAAAAGAUUGAGAUGAAAAAGAUAACCAAUGAGAGCAGUAUGCUAGUGACUUUCUCGAAGCGUCGUACUGGGCUCUUCAAGAAAGCUAGUGAGCUUAGCACUCUUUGUGGGGCAAAUGUUGCUCUAAUUAUAUUCUCACCUAGUGGAAAAGCAUUUUCCUUUGGUCACCCAAAUGUUGAUACGGUCAUAGAUCGUUAUCUCUCAUUAGUCCCAUCUCAAAACAAUGGCGACAUGCGGUUCAUUGAGGCUGAUGUGCGUGAGCUAAAUUCUCAGCUGAGUCGGUUCAACAAUGCGUUGGACAUUGAGAGAAGGCGUAGUGUUGAGUUAAGUCAUAUGCACAAUAUGAAUGAAACUCAGUGUUGGCUGGAUCGUCCUGUUGAUGGGAUGAAUUUUGAUCAACUUGAAUCAUUGAAAAAUGCAUUAGAGAAUCUAAAGAAACAUAUUGAUGAACAUCCUGCGAGGCUUGUAAUUCAGGGUGCUCCUACCCAAACCGUGCCAUUUUUUGUUGGAGAUGGUUUAUCCUCUAACAUGGAUGUCCAUCAUCAACCAAAUCAUCAACAAGGUCAAAGGUUUCCCACACAACCUUUUCAAGACCAUAUGUUGCAACCUUAUUUGUUUGAUUACAACAAUAUGGAAGGAGGAGGAUAUGGACCCUUCGAAACUGGUUCAUCCUCUAACAUGCAUGUCAAUCAUCAAUCAAAUCAUCAACAAGGUCCAAUCUUUCCGGCACAACAUUUUCAGGACUCUAUAUCGCAACCUUAUUUGUUUGAUUGCAACAAUAUGGGAGGAGGAGGAUAUCGACCCUUCGAAAAUGGUUCAUCUUCAAACAUGCAUGUCCAUCAUCAACCAAAUCAUCAAGGUCAAGUGUUUGCGGCACAACCUUUUCAGGAUCCUAUGUUGCAACCUUAUUUGUUUGAUACAACAAUAUGGGAGGACGAGGACAUGGAACCUUCUGAUUCUUAUGAUUUUUUAAGGCCUAGAUCCACCUUAGAUGCCCUUGGCUAUUAA